AUGCACUCUGCAAGUCGAUGCAUUCUGAGCCUCGUCCUUGUCAUUCAAAGCUUUGGCCAACAAUCUUUCGCACACGUCAAUCUUGGUGCCGCUGCCCCAUAUGGCGGUCUAGCAAAAACGUACAUCACCGACAAUGGAUUUACUGUCGUUCAAGGCGUGGUUGCUAGUUAUCGCGCAGGCUUGAUCACUAAUUCUCCGCCUGGAUUAUAUGACGGUGUCAACAACGGCAAUGCUACUGCAGACAAAGCGCACCAAGAUGCCAGCGCUGCUCGCUCAGCUGCGGCUGCCCUAGCUUCAACUGCCCGACUUCAUGCUGACAUUACUGGCGAAACUUUCCGUCAUGGAGUUUAUACCUCGGCAAUGUCUGUGGGCUUCAGCGGCGUGCUGAGGCUUGAUGGAGAGAAUGACCCAAAUUCACUCUUCAUUUUCAAGAUCGGAGCCAGUCUCACCACACAACCACAAUGCCGCGUUAUCCUAAUCAAUGGAGCGCAAGCUUUCAAUGGUGGUCUGUAUGCAUUGAACGGAGCUGUCGGACUCAUCAAAGAUCAGAUAAUUGCCCAGUCGCACUGUCCCGUGCGGUCUUCUGAUUAUGUAAGUUCAACAUUCUCUGUUCGGUCAUCAUCUGCCACAGCCUCCAAUACGCUCACUUCAACGUCCGAUGGAUCCUCCUCUACCACCAUCAUCUCUGCGGCCAUUCACUCCACUGUCGACUCCAUCAUCUAUGACACUCUUGACACCCUCUCUUUCAUACCCUCCUCGAGACUUUCCUCGACACUCUCAUGAACACUCACCCUAACAUCCUGGUUGUCCCUCAGAUAUUGGAAAUUCUCUUCAACACUCUCGUUAGCAUCCCGUGAACCUCUUCGAAAGUCAAUUGAAUAAUCAAACCAACAUUCUCUUUAACAAUCUCAUCCACAGCUUCUUCGAGAACGACAUCUACGUCUCAUUCCACCUUAUACCCCUAUGCAACACAUCCACUAUAUCCACAAUAUACGUAUAAUCCAUAUAAUUAGGGCGGCUAGCCUACGGUAAUGCGGUAGGUAUGGUACCCCUGUACGUACAUGCGGCCCGCAUACAAAAUUACGUACGUAUAGCGUUCUGGGGGAGAUAGGCAGGCACGCUCCGCAUAGAGCAUUCGUCGAAUUUUGCGCCGUACGUUCCAUUGUCAGAUUCACACAGUGAUUUGAUGAAUAUCGGUGAUCUGGAGAUGAGAUGGG